AGAAAAAGGAAAAGAACAUGCAGAAAGAAGGAAAAGAAGAAAAAUGAUUAGUAAUUCAUGCUCCUUGGCUUGCCCGAUCCAACAUCGGAGCGUUCCGUUGAAACACAAAUGGUCCAGGGAAACGUUCGGAACUAGCACGAAGUACGAACCAAGGGAAGAGAACCGGGUUGCAUCGCACGGUUGCCCGGUUGCUUUCAGUCGUAGGAUGCUGAAGGCACUGUGGUUGCCAUGGCAACCCACCACCACCGCAGCUCGAUGUAAUUAUUUGAAAAACGCCCGCCGCAGCCCCAUCCUCCGCCUACCACCCCCGAAGGUAGCUAGUACAGGGCGAUGCAAAAGUAGCCGCCAGUCUUUUGCAUCACAGCCAAUCGAAGAUAUUAUCCUGUCAUUUCGACGUUGA